AUGUCAUUAGGAGGAACACAUGUGCCUGGUGAUUUUUUGUGUGAGGAUGUUCUACUUGAAUUAUUUCAGUACUUUUAUGUUGAUGAAUUGUUUUACGCAUUUGAUGGAAUAAUUAAUCAUUUUUCGUCCUUACUGACGAUAUGCAAUGUUGCAUUACAUGUUCGUAACGUAAACACGGAUUUUCGUAAACACAUUUUGCCAUAUAUCGAACCGAAGAACGUCUUAUCAAUACGUAUUCCGAACAUGUAUCAAAUGGCUUCUGUUGAUCUAAGUCAAUUCAAAUGUCUCGGUUUACUAGUAUUGCAUAACGUAACAGACCAUAAUUGGCCAAGAAAUUUACCACGGAAUAUAAAAUCAUUAAUUAUCCAUGUUCGAAGUAAGCAUCGAAACAAAGUGUUGGAAAAGGCUUUAGCCCUGGAUAGCGUUCAACGGUUGGAAUUUAACUCCACGUGUUUACAUUUCGGUAAAUCUAGUGAAGCAUUACACAAACCGUCAAGUGUUAAGCAAUUGAUCUUCAAUAGUCAGCGAUGUUUUAUUGAUUAUACAUUUUUAUUGAUUAAUAUGCCCGAUCUACAAUUAUUAAAAGCUAAUCAAUUAUUUUAUCCGCAUCGUGUGGAUCCCAACCCGCUACGGUUUUCUGAACUACACACUCUAGAUCUCAUUUGUAAACAUCUGGACAUUGAUGAAAUGAUUUCGUUUGUGAAAAAUGUAGCUGCCUGUUCAUUACGUCAAUGUCGUUUGGUUAAUAUUACUGAUAGUUUAUCUUCAACUAUCGCAGUUAUCCUGAUUUCCUGCUAUUUUCCUGAUUUUCACCGAUAA